AUGGAGCGAAUUCUGGCGGACGAGGCGCGGGAGGACGCGCUAGUGGUCGACGUCCGGCAGGUGGCGGGCGGCGGCGACGUGACGGCGCUAUGGCGCGCGUGCGAGGAGAGCGUGGCCGUUAGGGGCGCGCGCAGCGUGGAGUGGAGUGCAGAGGGCGUGCUGCGGAAGAAGCUCACCACACCGCAUGCCAUCUCGCAGGUGCUGCUCCAUGUCAUUUCUCAUGCCAUCUCCCAGGUGCUGCUCUCAUGUCAUUUCUCAUGCCAUCUCGCAGGUGGUGCCCUCAUGUCAUUUCUCAUGCCAUCUCCCAGGUGCUGCUCUCAUGUCAUUUCUCAUGCCAUCUCGCAGGUGCUGCUCUCAUGUCAUUUCUCAUGCCGUCUCCCAGGUGAUCAUUGCUCGCAUGCCGUCUCCCAGGCGGCGUGGGUGCGAAUGCAUGGAGAGGCAGCGCGCUCAUGGCUCGCGCUGCUGCACGCGGAUGGGCUCGCACUCGCCGCCACCAAUGGUGACAUGCACGAGAUGCCGCUGCCCUUCUCUUCCUCGCGCCUCUGGCCCCUCCCCAUCGGCCUGCUGCUGCAGCCCCUGCCGUCCCAGCCAUCUCUGCCGUCCAUGCCACCACACACACACGCCAUCCCCCCAUCUACACCUCUCCCCAUCCACCCCCUCUCCCCCUCCCCCGCCGCACCUUUUCCGCCCUCCCCUCCCUUUGCCUUCCCCGUCCCCACUGCUGCUACUGCUCCCUUCCCCUCGCCCGCCUCCCCCAUUCCAUUCCCGGCUCUGUCCUCCCACACUCCUGCCAUCACCCCCUCCCUGCCUGCCCCUGCCACUGGGACCACGCACUUGGGGAGGGCGCACAUGGAUUCGGGGUGCUUCACGCUCUCACAUGCUCAUGAUGAACUACAGGUGAGGGAGCUGCUGGUGAGGGAGCUGCUGGUGAGGGAGCUGCUGGUGAUGGUGCUGCUGGUGAUGGUGCUGCUGGUGAUGGUGCUGCUGGUGAUGGUGCUGAUGCUUUACACAUCCGUUUCUUCCCCUUUCUCCCUCAUUCUCUCCCCCUAUUACUCGACCACUCUUCCUGGCACUAUCCUCAACGUGCACUCUCUUCCCGGCACCCCUCCCCUUCCAGCCAGUGGCCAUGGAAGGCGGGUCACCAUGGCAGCAGGGAGGGUGGCAAUGGAGGGCGGGCCGCCAUGGCAGCAGGGGGGACCCGAGGAGGUGCUGUGGUCGUCCACCGAGGUGCCGCUGCUACCAUGGUCACGCCCCUCCUCUCUCCGUCACCCCCCUUCCCACCGUCCUGCCCAUCCCUUCCCCGGGCAGCCAGUGGGCAUGGAAGGCGGGCCGCCAUGGCAGCAGGGAGGAUGGGGCGAGGAGGUGCUGUGGUCGUCCACGGAGGUGCCACUGCUCGCCACCUUCAACCACGCCCGUCGCCAGCACUCCGUGUGGCACCUGCGCUACCUCCCACAACGCUUCCUGCACCAGUCACCUGACGCCACGUCAGCAGCUGAGCAGGAUGCGCUGAUUGCCGGGCUGAGCCCCGUGUCUCCUGCAACUGCUGCUGUGAGGGCGGCGGGGGUGAGGGGGGCGGGGGUGAGGAGACCAGGCGUGGAGGGCGUAGGGGCAGGGGGAGGGGGCAGUGGGGGUGGGGGGGAUGCGGGCAUGGUGGGCGAUCUGAGGCUGCAGGCGGGGCGAGGGGAUGUGGGGGGGAGCGUGGGCAGUGGGGGAAGGCGGGGGAGGGGAGGUGCGGCAGGCACGGCAGCAGCGGCGAAGCUGAGUCGUUUUGCAGGGGGUGGGGGGGAUGGGGGGGCUGGUGGAGGGGUGGGUGGGAAAGCAGCAGGCGGACAUGCUGGGAGUGCUCGGGGGAGCAUGGAGGGGCAGACGGUGGGGGGAGGGGCGGGUGGGCGGGACGGGGGCGGUGGGGAGGCAAGGACGGGAGGCGAGAGCCACACAGCUUCCAGCACCGCUCUGCACCGCAUCAAACGCUUUCUUCUCCUUGUGGACCGGCAUGGCUCGCUCAUGCUGAUGCACGGCCCUCUGCUGCUCUGGCGGGCGCCCUGCACCACCUUCCUCGCCCACCAUGGCAUCCAUGUGGACCAAUCAGAAUUCGCCACGUGUCCCCUGCGACUGGGUGCUGGCCUGGGAGACCGUGUGUCCAUUGUUCUCCCCAACAACCAGCAUCGCUUCCAAGUCAAGCUAGCAGUCGCUGCCCACCUGCCUGCCAGGUGUCUCGCUGCCAUUCGUGCAAGCCCCUUCCCCCGCCGCCUCUCCCACGGCCUGCGCUGCGCCCUGCUCGCCCCGCACCUCUGGCGACUGCAGCAGCAACAGCGCAGGGGGGAGCAGAAGGCAGGGGAGCGUGUGGAGGGAGGUGGUGGGGCGGAUGAGGGGCGGCGAGUGGAGGACAUGGAAAGAGAGAGGAAGCAGGAGGGAGAGAGAGAAGGGGAGCAGGGCGCAGAGGCGAUGGAGGUGGAUGGUGAGGGCGACAGGGGCAGUGCAGGCAGGGGGGCACAAGGAGGUGCGAACGAAGGGGGCAGGUGGAACGAGGCACAUGCAGGCGAGGGGAGUCAAGCAGCAGCAGGUGGGGAGGGAGGGGGCGAGGCGGGGCAGUCAGCAUGGGAGGGGCUGCUGGGCAGCCGGCACCACCGCCACCUGCUGCUCGCCGGUGCUCCCCCCUGGAUGCCCUUCCCCCUCCCCUCACCGCCCACUAGUGCGCACGCUGCUCCCCCUCGCCCUGCUGCUGCCAGCUCUGCUGCAACGGGCAGUGGGCCUGGGGGGCCGAGAGGGGGGUACAGGGAGGGCGUGCAGGUGGGGGGAGAGUGGGGCGAGGGCGGGGAGGGCGUGGGGGUGGGGGAGCUGGUGGAGUUGCUGCGGGCGCUGCACGGCAUGUAUGAGGAGAGCCGCCUUGACGCCCUCUGCCGCAGCACACUGCCCCCACAUCCUGCACUGCCAUCCGUGGUGCCGUGUGUCUUCACCUGGUUGGCUCGCGCCGCGCAGUACGGUCCAAAGCAUGCCGCCCCUUGGCUGGCGUGGAUGCCGCCCUCCUUGCUGUCCGCCGCCGCCCAGCCCACGCUGGGCACCGCAGGGCAGGCGGCAGAGAAAGUGGGGGAAGAGGAGGUGGGCAUGGGGGAGAGGAGAGGCAGAGAGGCGAGAGGAGGGCAGGGAGCAAGGGAGGGCAGGGGUGUGCAGGAGGGCGGUGAGUGGUGGGAGGAGUGGGGGGGCGAGGGGGAAGGGGGGCCUGGGCUGCUGCCCCUGGUGGUGGGGCUCUUCUCGCUGCUCUUCCCCCGCGGUGCCUGGUCCCGCCCUGCUGCCCGCGCGCCCUCUAAGGCCAGGCAGAGGCCUGCGGUGGGGGGAAGGGCACCGGGUGGCGGGAAGGCAGGCAGCGAUAGGGGAGGAGGAAAAGCAGGAGCAGCGGGGGCUGAGAGUGGGGGCGGGGGCGUGGUGGCAGCAGCAGGGGAGCACAGUGUGGCGGGCGUGAGUGAGCGGUGUGUGGCAGCCAUGGUGGCGGCACGCAUGGGGAGGUCCGACCUGCAGAGGCUGCCCCCUGCCGUCGCCCUGCCCCUGCUGCAGGCCCUGCACGUGUGCAGGGAGAACCCUCCCCCCGGGUGGCCAGCAGCAGCAUACGUGCUGGUGGGGAGGGACGACCUCGCUGCCACCGCCACCGCCUGCCUGCGCUGCUUCUCUCUCCACCACCACUCGCCACUGCCUCACUGCCCCUCCCCUCACUCGCAUCUCAGCAGCACCGGGGAAGGCAGCACCACUGCAACCUUUUCACCACACACCACUGCAUCGCCGCACUCCCCACACUCCCUCUCGCCACUCGCCUUCUCCUUCCCUCCCACUGUGCUCGUGCGCCCGCUCUCCCCUUUCCCCUCAUCCCCCCACCCCGCCCUGCACCCCUCCCUCGCCCUCCCGGGAUCCCACGCCUCUCAAGGCCUCGCCUCCGCCUCAGGGGUGGGCGUGGGGGGCAUGGGGGCAGGGGCGGGCAGUGGGGUGGGGGUGGCAGGGGUAUCGGAUGCAGCGGGGGUGGGAGGGGGGGGGGCAGGUGUGGAGGGGGCGGGCGGUGAGGGCAUGGUGGUGGACGGCAUGGAGCAUCUGCUGCUGCCUCCUGCCCGCUCCCUGCUGGCCUUACGCUUUCCCUGCGACCUGCGUCUUGCUGAGGUGAGCACGGGUCGAGGUGCGGGUGUGGUGUGGAAAGGGGGGGGGAGGGAGGGCGGCGAGGGCAUGGUGGUGGACGGCAUGGAGCAUCUGCUGCUGCCGCCCGCCCGCUCCCUGCUGGCACUGUGCUUCCCCUGCGACCUGCGCCUUGCUGAGGUGGGGCUGGACGGCUCGCUGGGCAACCUAUCAGAGCUCGCCACGUGGCCGGAGUUCCACAAUGGUGUGGCAGCCGGCCUCAAGCUCGCCCACCUCUUCAACCUAUCCUUGUUACAAGCAUUCGCACCUGCCCGUGUCCCCGCCCUGCUCUCCCAACCAGCGGGGCACGGUGACGCGGGCAUGGGUGGGUGGUGUGCAACCGGCCAGUGGAGGCAAGCAGUGCGCACGGCGUGGUGCUGCUCUGUUGAGUCCACUCAAAAGCUCCAUCCCUGCCUCUCCCUGCCCCUCCCUGACCCACACCAGCCGGGCACAGUGACGCGGGCAUGGGUGGUGUACAACCGUCCCUCAGAGGCGUCGAGUGCGCACGGGGGGUUGCUCAUGGCGCUGGGGCUGCGCGGCCACCUGCGUGUGCUCGCCCCCACCGACUUCUUCCGUGACCUUGCCCUCGAGCACGAGGCAACGACGGUGGGCGUGCUGCUGGGCGCUGCUGCAUCGUACCGUGCCACAAUGGAUGCCAAUAUCUGCAAGAUGCUCUAUCUGCACAUCCCAUCGCGCCACCCGCCUUCCUUCCCCGACCUCGAGCUCCCUCCCAGCAUUCAGACAGCAGCGCUGGUGGGGGUGGGGCUGCUGCACAUGGAGUCAGCACACCGCCUCACCACCGAGAUCUUGCUCGACGAGAUAGGCCGCAAGCCGGAGGGGGAGGGCAGCAUGGAGAGGGAGGGCUACUCCCUCGGAGCUGGCCUCGCACUGGGGCUAGUCACCCUCGGGUUCGGGUUUAAAGUGUGGCGUUUCAUAUGUGCCGUUCUGGGUGUGGCGUUUCAUAUGUGCCGUUCUGGGUGUGGCGUUUCAUAUGUGCCGUUCUGGGUGUGGCGUUUCAUAUGUGCCGUUCUAGCACCAGGAGCCAUUCUCGCACUCGCCAUGAUGUACCUUCAGUCGAACAACGAGGCGGUGGCGGCGCGCCUGGCCCCGCCAGCAACGCACUUUGCUCUCGAGUUUGUGCGCCCCGACUUCAUCCUCCUGCGCGUCCUCGCGCGCUCCCUCAUCCUCUGGGACAGGUGCGCGCAUCCUCUGGGACAGGUGCGCGCAUCCUCUGGGACAGGUGCGCGCAUCCUCUGGGACAGGUGCGCCCAUCCUCUGGGACAGGUGCGCCCAUCCUCUGGGACAGGUGCGCCCAUCCUCUGGGACAGGUGCGCCCAUCCUCUGGGACAGGUGCGCCCAUCCUCUGGGACAGGUGCGCCCAUCCUCUGGGACAGGUGCGCCCAUCCUCUGGGACAGGUGCGCCCAUCCUCUGGGGCAGGUGCGCCCAUCCUCUGGGACAGGUGCGCCCAUCCUCUGGGACAGGUGCGCCCAUCCUCUGGGACAGGUGCGCCCAUCCUCUGGGACAGGUGCGCCCAUCCUCUGGGGCAGGUGCGCCCAUCCUCUGGGACAGGUGCGCCCAUCCUCUGGGACAGGUGCGCCCAUCCUCUGGGACAGGUGCGCCCAUCCUCUGGGACAGGUGCGCCCAUCCUCUGGGGCAGGUGCGCCCAUCCUCUGGGACAGGUGCGCCCAUCCUCUGGGACAGGUGCGCCCAUCCUCUGGGACAGGUGCGCCCAUCCUCUGGGACAGGUGCGCCCAUCCUCUGGGACAGGUGCGCCCAUCCUCUGGGACAGGUGCGCCCAUCCUCUGGGACAGGUGCGCCCAUCCUCUGGGACAGGGCUGCGCUAUGCAGGUUCAGCCAAUGGCGAAGCAGAGAAGCUUCUCCGAAGCUACGCACUGCUGUUCUUCUUCCUCCGAGAGCGCCGGCCCGUCACGGCGGGCUGCCCAUUUGCCGUGCCACUGCAGCACUGGCGGGCGCUGCUGGACGCCCGCACACUCGACACCGCCGUCAACGCUGCCGUGCUCUCCCUCUCCCUCGUCAUGGCAGGAACGGGCCAUCUGCCAUCGCUGCGUCUGCUGCGUUUCUUCCAUCGCCGUACCGCUGAUGCCGCCGAUGCCGCUGCUGUCAACGCCGCAACCACCUAUGGCUCGCACAUGGCGGUGAGCAUGGCGAUCGGCUUCCUGGCCCUAAGCGCCUGUCAGGCCACCUUCUCCACUUCGCCUCCUGCCGUGGCAGCGCUGCUGCUCGCGCUCUUUCCGCACUUCCCCUCCUCGCCCUCCGACCACCGCUGCCACCUGCAGGCGUUGCGGCAUUUCUGGGUGUUGGCGGUGGAGGAGAGGGCGUUCGUGGAGGCUGUGGAUGUGGACACGUGGCAGCCUGUCAUUGCUCCAUUGCACCUCACCCUCAAGCCCUCUGACUCCUCCAGCCCAGCCGCGCUGUCGCUGCACACGCCGUGCCUGCUGCCGCCGCUGCCUCAGGGUGGUAGCGGUGGGGGUGCAGCAGAGGGCGAGGGGGGAGGCCAUGGGUCGCGCAUGGGGGAGGAGUCACCGCCCGCCUCAGCGAGGAGCAUGGCAGCCGCCCUGCCAGUGGCCGACCCCGUCCUCUCCGCCUUCCACCGCCUCUUCUGCCGCCCCUCACCGCACACUGCUGUUCAACCCCGCGAACUCUCAAGCCAUGAGGGCUUCUCAUCCGCCUGCCAGGCAGCGCUGCUCAUGGCACAUGCAGCGGAGCAGCCAGAGCUGCUGGAGGUCCUCCUCUCUCUCGCCACCACCUGCCAGGCCGUGAGCUCGCUGCCUCACGAGCGCGCCACCUCUGGCCCUGCACUGCCCUGCCUCGUCUCCUCCUUCCAGGUGACCUCCUCCGGCCCUGCAUUCUUGUAG